CUACGCGGAGUUAAGAUGGUUCCGCCGACGGUGUUUUACAUAGUUCUCGUUGCCAUAUCGCUAACUGCUUCGUCAUUCGCCAAUAGUGCAUCCUACUCGACAGGUAGUGAAUUUCGUGAAUACGCUAAAUAUCCACCACAGCCAUUUGUACGCAUCGCAGACGGUUGCCUAUAUGGGACUUACAAGGAUGGACUCGAAAGUGGUCAAUUUGAGGCGUUCUUUGGGAUACCGUACGCAAAGCCUCCGGUUGGAAAAUUAAGGUUCAGAAAUCCAGUGCCAGUGGAACCAUGGACCGGAUAUUACGAUGCAACGUAUGAGAGAAGCAAAUGUGUCCAGAAGCACGAUGCUCGACCCCAUUCGUUAGUGGAGGGAAACGAGGACUGCUUGUAUCUGAAUUUGUACAGACCAAAGUACAUCAUUGAUCCCCUGCCAGUUAUUAUCUUCAUCCAUGGGGGCAUCUACGCAUCCGGAUCGGCUUCGUUUGCCGAGUUUGGACCCGAACGGCUGAUGGAUACCGGAAAAGUUAUCGUUGUGGUAAUUCAGUAUCGUUUGGGAGUGUUUGGAUUCCUGUCCACCGGCGAUAGCAGCUCUCCAGGUAAUUACGGACUCAAGGAUCAAAGUAUGGCACUGCGCUGGGUUCAGAACAACAUUCAGAGUUUCGGAGGAGACCCGAAGCGGGUUCUUCUGGCAGGUCAAUGUGCUGGGGGUGCGGCAGUUCAGAUGCACAUGAUGUCUCCAUUGAGCCGAGGAGCGUUUUCUACGGCAGUUAGCAUGAGUGGUUCAGUGUUUGACUUUUGGAAUUACAACAUUGACCAAGCAAGAUUGGCUAGGCGGCAGGCUGCUGCAGUUGGAAUACGCAAUGCGUUUAACAUCUCCACGGAUAAGUUGGUAGAAGAGCUGCGCUGGAUUGAUGCAUAUGAGUUGGGUGAGAGUGUCAAUCGUCUGAAGUAUUUCUAUGUGCAUCCAACUGGACUGUAUCAACCGGUUGUUGAGCAGUACGUAACGAAGGAGACAUUCCUAUCAGAAGAUUCAAAGGCGCUUUGGGCAGCUGGCAAAUAUGAACAAAUACCUUGGGUUACCGGGUUCUUAUCGAACGAUGGAGCUGCAGAUUCAUUGGGCAUCAUUACGAACGUAACCUUAUUAGAACAGCUGAAUGAAAACUCACGACGAUUCAUACCACGACUUGCCGGAGGAUAUGCUCAAAAUAAUAGUACUCAGAUGUUGAAAGACCGCUAUUUCAGCGAUGGGACUCAUGAACGAUGGUUGACAAGAGACAAUUAUCUGAACCUUCAAACCCUCACAACGGAAUCAACCGUCAUAUACGGAAUCAUAAAGAGCGUGAAACUGCAUCAGGCCAAGUCCUCUAAGAAAGCGCCGAUAAGCGUUUACUACUUCAAUUUCCGAGGACGAUACUCUCAGUCGUACGUCUAUUCCUAUACGAGAGCGGACUUCGGAGUUUGCCACUCCGACGAAUUGUUGUAUCUUUUCCGCAAUACUGCUCUGGCUCCGGACUACCCAGCGGGAUCGCCGGAGUUGGUAAUGGCCAAGGAGCUGGUGGAUUACUAUGUGAAGCUAGUUUACAAUGGGAUAACCGGGCCAUUGUGUAGGCAGAACGAUUGUCAGCUGCUAGAGUUCACCAAUUCCAAUAACCCGAACUCCCCAGUUGAGUUGAAACUAGUCAACGGGUUCGAUGAGAAUAUGUUCAAUUUCUGGAGCGAGUUUUAUCGAUUGCAAGAAAUGGGAAAACACGGCGUAGCAUAUUAGUUGCAUUCUAAAUACCGAUAAAAAGUCAAAAUGAAAUGCGUCAAUGUUGUAUGCGCAUUGCAAAUAUACCUCUAAUAAAAAUAAUAGCGAUGAGCUUCGAUAAAGUA